AUGUCCGAGUCAAAGCCAACUCUGCGAUGGGGCAUCAUCGGCACAGGUCUUAUCUCGUCCUGGUUCCUCCACGAUCUAUCCAUCGAGCGAGAUGACGCCCAGGCAAACCACCAUAUCCAAGCAAUCGGCUCAUCCUCAGUCGAAAAGGGCACGAAAUUUGUCGAGACGCACCUAUCCGGCAAAACUCCAACCGUCUAUGGUAGCUACGAACAGACCUACCAAGACCCAAACCAUGUCUUGUGCGAAAAGGCUUUCACCCUUAAUGCCAAGGAAGCGAGGGAGGUCUUUGAUGCCGCCAAGAAGAAGGGCGUGUUUAUCAUGGAGGCUAUGUGGACGCGUUUUUCCCCGCUGGUAAAGACGCUGCCGAAGAUGGUUCAUCAAGAUAAGGCCAUUGGAGAUGUUGUGCGGGUGUUUGCAGAUUUCUCAAUGGAUCAGCACAUCGAAUCUCUGGGCCCUGAGUCGAGACUGAGGGAUCUUUCUCUCGGUGCGGGAAGCUUAUUGGAUAUUAGUAUCUACAGCUUGACGUGGGGACUAAUUACUCUUGAUGCCGGCGUAGUCGAAAAAGCCACAACACCAAAGAUCGCCGCCGCCCAAAGCCUUGUCCAUGGUUUUGAUAUAACGAGCUCGAUCAUUCUACUAUACCCAGAUGGGAAGCAGGGUCUUAUAACAUCCAACUCAAAGGUCAAGACCCCUGAAGCUUUUUGUCGCAUUGAAGGGACCAAGGGACAUAUUGUGGUGGAGGGUGUUGCGGCGGCACCUGCGAGUUUCACGGUGUACAAGGGCGAGGACACAGAAGGCAAGAAGUUUGAAUUUGAGAGGCCGGGGAGAGGAUUCUACUGGGAGGCUGAUGCUGUGGCACUUGACAUUGCGGCUGGCAAGGUAGAGAGUGAUGUCAUGCCUUGGGCUGAGACUGUUCGGGUGCUUGAGAUUAUGGAUGAAGUGAGGAGACAGGGCGGAGCCAAGUUUCCUCAGGACUAG